AUGGCUAAUUCAACCCCACUCCCCACUCGUCUUGCUCCUCCGCCUGACGGACAGCCCUUUUCUACGGCACAAUGGACGACAUUGCUCUCUAUCAUGGAUACAGUUGUACCGUCUGUCGGGAAGAUUACUUCGCACAGGCUUGGUGACGACCAGUCUCGACAAUUGGUUACGGAGGUCGAAUAUUCGGCCUUGGAGAACCAUGUAUUAGAGAGAGUCACGGAUGCCCCGCGCGGACAUGACCUCGAGGCCUAUCUCGAAGAAAGGCCUAGCAGCAACAAAGAUUUUAACGAGCUUCUCCUAAGGACUCUAGUUGUAUAUUCACCACCAAGCAUGCAAGCCAGUCUCAAAGCUGUGCUGUCUACAUUGAAUACAAGAGCAGGCAGCCUAGUCCUGACAGGCUCCAUCACCCCCUUCUAUCUACAAUCUAUCGCAAACCGAACAAGUAUCCUUAACGCAUGGCGUACAUCCCGGUUCGCUUCGCUCCAAGUAUUAUUCAAACAAAUGACUCUCCUCGGGAAAAACACGUGGAUUAAGACAUCACCUACGGUGUACAGGAUGAUAGGAUACCCGGAGGUUCCACCAGACCACCAGCCUGGAAAUCAAUACGAAUUCCAGUUCUUACAGCUUCCACCUGGAUCAGAUACGGCCAACAUAACCACAGAAAUUCUCAUCAUAGGCAGUGGUUGUGGUGCCGGCGUCUGUGCUAAGAACUUGGCUGAGUCGGGGCACAGUGUGUUGGUCGUGGAUAAGAGCUAUCACUUCACCUCUUCUUACUUCCCAAUGUCCGAGUCAACAGGCUUCCAGCAACUGUUCGAAAACGGCGGCACGAUACAGAGUGACGACGGGAGCAUAGCUGUCAUGGCUGGCGCUACGUGGGGGGGCGGAGGAACGAUCAAUUGGAGCGUGAGCCUUCAGACGCAAGAUUUUGUGAGAAAGGAGUGGGCUGAGGAAAAAGGCUUGGAGUUCUUUACUUCCGAAAAGUUCCAGGAGUCUCUGGAUCGAGUAUGUGAGAGAAUGGGGGUGACGGCGGACGGCCUGCGCCACAACCAUGGCAACCGGGUUCUCAUGGAAGCCUCGCGUCGUUUGGGGGCUCAUGUGAAGGCAGCUCCGCAGAAUAUUGCCGGAGGUGACCAUCUCUGUGGGCGCUGCACGCUUGGAUGUGCCAGUGCAGAGAAACAAGGACCCGCCAUCACCUGGUUACCCGACGCUGCCAAAGCUGGGGCAACCUUUAUGGAAGGACUGCAGGUUGAUCAUCUUUUGUUUGACGACAGCAAGAGUCAGAAAACAGUGAUUGGCGCCAAAGGAGUAUGGACUAGUAACCCACAAAGCGGAAAGGACAAGGUAACGAGGGAAGUCGUCAUACAUGCGAAGAAGGUAAUCGUGUCCUGUGGUUCACUCUGGAGUCCUAUUGUUCUGCUCAAUAGCAACCUGAAGAACAAGCAUAUCGGCCAAAACCUCCACCUCCACCCUGUCAAUUUUGUUACCGCCGUCCACAAAUCAGAUGUUCGACCCUGGGAAGGCCCCAUUUUGACUGUUGUUGACAGCUCUUUGGAAAACCUUGACGGCCACGGUCAUGGCACGAAGCUCGAAGCAAGCUGCAUGCUUCCGUCACUGGCGCUGUCCUUCCUGAAUUGGAGCACAGGGCUGGACUUUAAAGCCCAAGUUCUAAAAUACAGACACUCGAACAGCUAUAUAUCUCUCACACGAGACCGAGAUCCGGGUUGCGUAUAUAGGGAUCCCCAGACCGGAAAGCCGAGGAUUCGAUAUACGCCAAGCAACUUUGACAGAAGACACACGAUGGAGGGUGUAAUUGCAUUAGCGACACGGAAUUUCAUUUGUGGUGCAGAAGAAAUCCACGUUGGAUUUCCUGGUGUGCAGCCCUUUGUGCGAAAUCCGGAUCCCAGCUUCCCGCUCUCCUUCGAAUCCCAGUCUCCUUCCCCCGCCCAAGGUGAAGAAGAUGUCAACGUGCGGUUUUCUGCUUGGCUUUCCAAAGUGAAGAGUGCCGGAAAUGCCCCCCCAGCGGCGACAUUUGCUUCAGCACAUCAGAUGGGCACGAACCGCAUGUCAAGCAAACCCAGCCUGGGUGUGGUGGAUGUAAAGGGAAGGGUCUGGGGGACAGAGGGGUUGUAUGUUGCUGAUGCGAGUGUCCUCCCAAGCGCCAGUGGCGUGAAUCCCAUGGUCACAACCAUGGCAAUUUGCGAUUGGAUAAGCAGGGAGAUGGUCCAUGACUUGAAAAGGAAACAGAGGUUGGCGGCUACAAAGUUGUGA